CCCCAUAGGGGGCGGGGCCUCAGAGCUCAGCACUGGAACUGGCUCCAGAGCCAUGAGUGGGCGUGCAAGAGCGGAAGAAAUGCGGCUGGUACCCCGGAAGCAGUCGCUGCAACUUCCGGGAGGUGCUUUAACGCCUGGUACGGGAGCUACGGGGCCCAGGGAUUGUGUUUGAAGUAGUGCUUAUACCAACAUGUCCCGUGGUUCCAGCGCCGGUUUUGACCGCCACAUUACCAUUUUUUCACCCGAGGGUCGGCUCUACCAAGUAGAAUAUGCUUUUAAGGCUAUUAACCAGGGUGGCCUUACAUCAGUAGCUGUCAGAGGGAAAGACUGUGCAGUAAUUGUCACACAGAAGAAAGUACCUGACAAAUUAUUGGAUUCCAGCACAGUGACUCACUUAUUCAAGAUAACUGAAAACAUUGGUUGUGUGAUGACUGGAAUGACAGCUGACAGCAGAUCCCAGGUACAGAGGGCACGCUAUGAGGCAGCUAACUGGAAAUACAAGUAUGGCUAUGAGAUUCCUGUGGACAUGCUGUGUAAAAGAAUUGCCGAUAUUUCUCAGGUCUACACACAGAAUGCUGAAAUGAGGCCUCUUGGUUGUUGUAUGAUUUUAAUUGGUAUAGAUGAAGAGCAAGGCCCUCAGGUAUAUAAGUGUGAUCCUGCAGGUUACUACUGUGGGUUUAAAGCCACUGCAGCGGGAGUUAAACAAACUGAGUCAACCAGCUUCCUUGAAAAAAAAGUGAAGAAGAAAUUUGAUUGGACAUUUGAACAGACAGUGGAAACUGCAAUUACUUGCCUGUCUACUGUUCUAUCAAUUGAUUUCAAACCUUCAGAAAUAGAAGUUGGAGUAGUGACAGUUGAAAAUCCUAAAUUCAGGAUUCUUACAGAAGCAGAGAUUGAUGCUCACCUUGUUGCUCUAGCAGAGAGAGACUAAACAUUGUCGUUAGUUUACCAGAUCCAUGAUGCCACUUACCUGUGUGUUUGGUAACAGCAAACCAACAUUGUGGAGGUCCCUGGAUUGAAAAAGGAGCCUCUCCCACUCCUCCUACCACCAAAGUGGUUAGGACUCUAUAUAAAUAAAAACGAGGCUUUUGGAAAAUAA